AGGUGCCACGACAUCUUUAAAGCCUCCACUGACCAGCAGAGACGCAUCAGAGUCGUCCUGACCUACGGCGUCGCUGGCGUUGGAAAAACCUUCUCGGUGCAGAAGUUCACUCUGGACUGGGCAGAGGGUUUAGAAAACCAGGAUGUGGGUCUGCUGACUGUGCUUUCGUUCAGGGAGCUGAACCUGGUGAAGGACCAGCAGCACAGUCUCCUCACGCUGCUCCGUGUUUUCCAUCCAGCGUUACAGAAGCUCACGGCAGAGACGCUCGCUGUCUGUAAACCUUUGUUCAUCUUUGACGGCCUGGAUGAAAGCAGACCUUCUCUGGACUUCAACCAAAGGGAGCUUGUCUCUGAGAUCACACAGAGGUCAUCAGUCAACGUGUUGCUGACAAACCUCAUCCGGGGGAAUCUGCUUCCCUCGGCUCUCGUCUGGAUAACCUCCAGACCUGCGGCGUCCAAUCAGAUCCCUCCUGCAUGUGUUGACAGGGUCACAGAAGUACGAGGCUUCACUGAUGCCCAGAAGGAGGAGUACUUCAGGAGGAGAUUCAGUGAUGAAGAGCUUUGCAAUAGAAUCAUCUCACACAUCAAGACGUCCACGAGCCUCCACAUCAUGUGUCAAAUCCCAGUCUUCUGCUGGAUCAGUGCUACAGUUCUGGAGCACAUGUUGACCACAGACCAGAGAGGAAAGCUGCCCAUGACCCUGACUGACCUUUACUCACACUUCCUGCUGGAGUUCCUCUGUUAG